AUGGCAUCCUCGCUCAUCCUCGUCGGCGACAUCGGCGGCACCAACUCGCGGCUCCAGGCCUACGAAAUAUCGCCGGACGACAAGCACACAACGGGGUGUGCGCCCGGCAAGAUUAUCAAAGAGCAGCAGUUUCUCAACGGCGACUUCAAGGCAUUCGAUGACGUCCUUCGCGCCUUCCUGGCCGGCCUUGCGCCGCCGUCCGCGGCCUGCCUGGCGGUCGCGGGCCCGGUCGAGCGCAACGCCGUCUCCUUCACCAACCGCGACUGGGUCAUCGACGGCGGCGCGCUGGAGCGGCGCUUCGGCAUCGGCAAG